AAACGCUGAAAUAGGCUGAGGUGCACUUACGGAGAAGUGCACGCCCACCCUGUUUGAAAGCGGAGACUUCCCGUGUCUUUUGUAAGGGUUUGAAGGGGCACAGUGAAUUAAGGAUGUCCACAUCAGACGAAGUGGAUGGAGCGGGAGCAGUCAGACCACACUAUGGCUCUGUUUUGGAUAAUGAACGUCUUACAGCCGAGGAGAUGGAUGAACGGAGACGGCAGAACAUUGCCUAUGAGUACCUCUGUCACCUGGAGGAAGCUAAGCGCUGGAUGGAAGCAUGUUUGGACGAGGAACUGCCUCCAACAACUGAGCUAGAGGAAGGGCUGAGAAAUGGAGUGUAUCUUGCCAAACUUGGCAACUUCUUCAGCCCAAAAGUGGUCUCACGCAAAAAGAUCUACGACUGUGAACAAACCAGAUACAAGGCGACCGGACUCCAUUUCCGUCACACGGACAACACCAUCCAGUGGUUUAACGCAAUGUCAAAUAUUGGGCUGCCCAAGAUUUUUUACCCUGAAACCACAGAUGUCUAUGACCGUAAGAACAUGCCACGAUGUAUCUACUGUAUCCAUGCUCUCAGCUUGUACCUCUUUAAACUGGGAUUGGCUCCACAGAUUCAAGAUCUGUAUGGGAAAGUUGCUUUCACAGAAGAGGAGAUUAACAACAUGAAGACCGAGCUUGAGAAGUACGGGAUUCAGAUGCCCGCGUUCAGUAAGAUAGGGGGAAUUCUGGCCAAUGAACUAUCGGUGGAUGAAGCAGCCUUGCAUGCAGCCGUCAUUGCCAUCAAUGAUGCCAUAGAGAAGGGGGUUCCAGCAGAGACACUGGCAGCGAUGAAGAACCCCAAUGCCAUGCUUGUGAACUUGAAUCCAACGCAGAGUGUGCAGUAUCAGAACACCCUGAGUGCUGCAAAACAGGAGAAGACGGCAAACGCCAGGAAUAAGGAUAUGCCUGGGAGCCCCCAGGAAGAGAGAGACGUUUACGAAGAGCUCCUCACACAAGCUGAGAUCCAGGGAAAUGUGAAUAAAGUCAACUUACAGAAUAGUCUGAUGAGUAUAGACGGAGCUCUGGGGCAAGGAGAUGGGAUCGCUCUCUACAAUGCCCUGAAGUCUCCAGCCUUGGGCCUGAGAGAGGUGGAGUUGGACAACUGCGACUGGUACCUGAAACAACUCUCCUCCGACAAACAGCUGAAAGCACAGGAGCAGGGCUCACAUGAGCCACUAACUAAAGAGGAGUUACAGUUCGGAGUUGAUCAAGCCAAUCGGGAUGCUCACAGAUUCAAGAAAAUGCUAGAAGCUGUGUCACGAAUCAAUGCAGCGAUCCGCAAAGGUGUAGCGGAGGAGACGGUGACGGAGCUGAUGAAUCGUGAUGCCCAGUUACCAGAGGUGCACCCAUAUGCAGCCGAGUUGUACCAGCAGGAGCUCUCCACCUUGCAACAGCAGAGCCACCAGGGUAACCUAACACAUGCUGAACUGGCCGUCGCUGUGGAGAUGUUAUCUUCUGUGGCACUGAUAAAUCGUGCUCUGGAUGCUGGUGAUGUGAAUGGGGUGUGGAAGCAGAUCCAGAAUUCGGUGACAGGACUCACUAAUGUGGAUGAUGGCAAUGGACAGAGGUAUGUUGAUGAACUGAUGAGGCUGAAGGCCAAAGCUCGAGCAGAGGGAAAUGAGUUUCUUACCUGGAAUGACAUCCAAGGAUCUGUCGACCAGGUGAAUUUGGUGGUUCAAGAGGAACAUGACAGGAUUAAGGCAAUUGGUUUGAUUAAUGAGGCUGUGGAUGAAGGGGAUCCUCAGAAGACUCUGAAAGCUCUGCUCCUACCUAGUGCCAAACUGGCUGACGUCUCAUCUCCAGUGGCUGAACAUUACCAGGAAACACUCAUCCGGACCAAGAGGGAGAAGGCUCAGGAGACCCAGGAUGAUUCUGCUGUGCUCUGGCUCGAUGAGAUUCAGGACACCAUCUGGAAAUCCAACAAGGACACGCAGGAUGCUGACAAAUUUUCCCUGGGGAUUCUGGCUAUCAAUGAAGCAGUGGACAGUGGAGACACGGCUCGGAUACUGGGUGCCUUGCGAUCUGCUGACGUUGGAUUGUACGGAGUCACCUCAGAAUGUGACGAUAUCUACCAGCAGGAACUGACUGAGGCCAAGCGAGCCAAGAAGCUGGAAGGUGACAAUGGCAGCCAGUGGGUCAGACACUGGGUGAAGGGAGGCUACCAUUAUUAUUACAACCUGGUAACAAAGCAAGGAAGCUGGGAGCAGCCAUCUGGGUUUGUCCAGAACAACACACAACUGAGCAAGGAAGAAAUUCAGUCAACGAUUUCAGGAGUGACGGCUGCCUAUAACCGAGAGCAACUGUGGGUCGCCAAUGAGGGUCUCAUCACCAAGUUACAGGCACGUUGCCGAGGUUACCUGGUACGGAGGGAAUACUUGGAACGAAUGAACUUCCUGAAGAAGCAGCAGCCAGCGAUCCUGACCAUUCAGUCUAACUGGCGAGGGUACAAGCAAAGGCAGGCCUACAAGAACAGGCUUCAGUACCUCAAAGACAACACCGGUUCUGCUGUGAAGAUUCAAUCAUUAGUGCGGAUGCAUCAAGCUAAGAAGAGGUACCAGAAUCGGCUAAAAUAUUUCAAGGAUCAUGAAUCUGAUAUUAUUAAAAUCCAGGCAUUCAUCAGAGCAAACAAGGCCAGAGAUGAUUAUAAAACCCUGAUCAGUGCAGAGCAGCCUCCGAUGGCCGUGGUCCGGAAGUUUGUCCACCUGCUCGAUCAGAGUGACCAAGAUUUCCAGGAGGAGUUGGAAAUGAUGCGACUGAGAGAGGAAGUGGUCACUCGGAUCCGAUCCAAUCAACAACUGGAAAAUGAUCUCAACACGAUGGACAUAAAGAUCGGGUUGCUGGUGAAGAACAAAAUCACGCUGCAGGAAGUCGUGUCGCACAGUAAGAAACUGACCCGGAAGAACAAGGAGCAGUUGUCAGACAUGAUGCGGAUCAACAAGCAGAAAGGAGGUCUGAAGGCCCUGAGCAAGGAGAAACGGAUGAAGCUUGAAGCUUAUCAGAACCUCUUCUACCUGCUCCAGACUAACCCCACCUACUUGGCCAAGCUGAUCUUUCAGAUGCCCCAGAACAAAUCCACCAAGUUCAUGGAUUCGGUCAUUUUCACACUGUAUAAUUACGCCUCUAACCAGAGGGAGGAAUACCUGCUGCUGAAGCUCUUCAAAACCGCCUUACAGGAAGAAAUUAAGUCAAAGGUGGAUCAGCUUCACGAGAUCAUCACGGGAAACCCCACGGUUAUUAAAAUGGUGGUCAGCUUCAACCGUGGAGCACGUGGACAGAACGCUCUCCGACAGAUCCUGGCGCCCGUUGUCAAGGAGAUCAUUGAAGAACGGUCGAUGAACAUCAAGACUGACCCUGUGGACAUUUAUAAGGCCUGGGUGAACCAAAUGGAGUCUCAGACAGGAGAGGCCAGUAAGCUCCCGUACGAUGUAACACCAGACCAGGCACUGAGUCAUGAAGAGGUCAAACUGAGACUUGAUACGUCCAUCAAGAACAUGAGGGCUAUCACUGAAAAAUUCCUGUCAGCCAUCGUUACAUCGGUGGACAAAAUUCCGUAUGGGAUGAGGCUCAUUGCUAAAGUGUUGAAGGAUUCCCUGCACGAGAAGUUUCCAGACGCCACGGAUGAUGAGCUUAUUAAGAUUAUCGGGAACCUCCUGUACUAUCGUUACAUGAACCCCGCCAUCGUGGCUCCCGAUGCUUUCGACAUCAUCGACAUCUCUGCUGGAGGUGGAGGUCUGACCACAGAUCAGAGGAGGAACCUGGGUUCCAUCGCCAAGGUCUUGCAGCACGCAGCCUCCAGCAAGAUGUUUGACAAGGAGAACUGCCACCUUGGCUCAGUGAACGAUUACCUCUCUCAGGCUCACAUGAAGUUCAGACGGUUCUUCCAGGCUGCGUGUGAGGUUCCAGAGCUUGAGGACCGGUUUAACGUUGACGAAUACUCCGACCUGGUGACCCUGACGAAGCCAGUGAUCUACAUCUCCAUCGGCGAGAUCAUCAACACUCACACGCUUUUCCUGGAUCACCAAGAUGCCAUCGCUCCGGAGCACAACGACCCCAUUCAUGAGCUGCUGGAGGACCUUGGCGAGGUGCCCACCAUCGAGUCUCUGAUAGGUGAAGGAGGGGUGCAUGACCCAAACAAGGAGCAGCUGGCCAAGACGGAAGUGUCCCUCACCCUCACCAACAAAUUCGAUGUACCUGGAGGAGAGAAUGAGGAGAUGAAUGCCCGCACUCUGCUUUUGAACACAAAGCGUCUGAUUGUCGAUGUGAUCCGAUUCCAACCAGGCGAGACUUUGACUGAGAUCCUCGAGACCCCGGCCUCUGCAGAGCAGGACACUGAUCACCAGCGGGCCAUGCAGAGGAGAGCAAUAAGAGAUGCCAAAACUCCCGAGAAGAUGAAACGGAACCAGAUUCAGUCAGAGGAAAACCAGAUGUCGCUGAAGGAGAAGAAGGAGAAGAUCGAGCAGAACCUGAAAAAACUGGCGACUCUGGGAAAAGUGAACCCUCAGAAUAAGUACCAGGACCUGAUCAACGACAUUGCCAAGGACAUCCGGAAUCAGCGGCGAUAUCGCCAGAGGCGGAAGGCGGAGCUGGUGAAACUGCAACAGACAUACAGCGGACUGAUCUCUAAAACGGCCUUCUUCGAAGAGCAGAUCGACUACUACAACCAGUACAUCAAGACCUGCAUGGACAACCUGGCCAGCAAAGGAAAGGUUUCGAAGAAGCCAGGAGAUGUUAAAGGAAAGAAAAGCAAACAGGUAUCGCAGCGAUACACUGCAGCACGACUGCACGAGAAGGGAGUCUUGUUGGAAAUUGAGGAUCUCAACAGCAACCAGUUUAAAAAUGUUAUCUUUGACAUCUGCCCGACAGAAGAGGUGGGUGACUUUGAAGUGAAAGCAAAGUUUAUGGGAGUGCAAAUGGAGACCUUCAUGCUCCAUUAUCAGGACCUCCUCCAGCUCCAGUAUGAAGGUGUUGCUGUCAUGAAGUUGUUCGAUAAAGCGAAGGUUAAUGUCAACCUGCUGAUCUUCCUUCUGAACAAGAAGUUCUACGGGAAGUAGCAGGUCUCACCCCAUCACUGGAGUUGCGAGCCCAACACUGGAGUCACCUGACUCGGCGAGGCACCAAUGAGGGGCUGCCAUGCUUGUACUUCUCCCUUUUUGUUUAGGCACUGCACCAAUCAGAACUGGGCACCUUUGAACAGCGUAUCAGCACCCUUCAGGGCAGAGUAGGGUCAUCCGAACGGGCGUGCAAUUCUAUAUUUAGUAUUAUAUUGCUGAAGCGUUUAUAGAUUUGGUAUCUUAUGCAUCAGUAGCUGUCUGUACUGCUUAAGGGGCAUAAAUAUUAAAGACACAUCCUCUUAUUUUUAUAUCAACAACUUCUGUUCCUUUGCUGUGUCUUUUAUUUCUGUACAGAAAACCUGUCCCUUUCCUCCCCACUCCACACCCCUGCUCCCCCCCUCCCCACCAAAAAAAAAUCUUUUGUACCCUGCAGACAGGAUCUUGUGCUUUCCUGCACUGUAUUCUGAGGCCUUGCUUGUGAUAGUUACCAAAUUGAGCCACGGACAGCAGUGUUGGCUGAUGCACCACUCCAAGUUGGAAAUAUAUCACCGUUCCUUCACUGUCGCUGGGUCAAAAUCCUGGAACUCCUGCCCUAACAGCACUGUGGGUGUACCUACACCACAAGGACUGCAGCGGUUCAAGAAGGCAGCUCACCACCACCUUCUCGAGGGGCAAUUAGGGAUGGGCAGUAAAUGCUGGCCCAGCCAGUGAUGCCCACAUCCUGUGAAUGAAUAAAAAUAAAGAAUGCUGUCCUCUCAACCUGUCACUGAAAAUUCCAAUUGUUAGUGACUGUUAGUGGAAUGAUGGGUUUCUGAAAACCCCUGUACCAAAAUAGAUAUUAGCUGGCUAAGUCUAAGCUAAUUCAGGUUGCCUUUCAACCUUACCUCCACCAUUGUAGAAUCCAUUGCCUCCAUCAGUUUCGGCCCUUGUGAAUAGGUUUUCCACCAGAGUAGAGAUUGUAUGGGGAGAGUAAUAUCUUUCCAGGGACUUGAUCGGUGCGUAGACCACCCUGCACAGAACAGACCAAUCUGUCCAAUCCACCAAUGUCAUGUGUCCAAUCCACCCAAGCACCUCCGUAAUUCUGGUGGAUACUUACUCAAAGAGUCAAAACGUCUGGGGACAGUUAUUAUUAAACACAAUGGGAGUGAGUAAAUACAAUGGCUGUUUCCUCUUACUACAGGUUUCAACUUUAGGCUGCCAAUUUCAGAUGCUAUUUGCUACCAAAGACUAGACUUUUUCCAACUGUCUCCCUUCCUUUUAUUGUUCUUGUGCCAGUGUCUUUCUGUAGCAUGCUGCAUUCCAUGGUCAACUUGCCCAUACCCUUCAUCAUUUGCAGAGGGCUAUCAGACCAGUAAAAGCCAGUUCCUCUCUCUCCAAGUCCCCAUUCCUCUCUGGUGUAGCUUACGCCAAUGUAGAUAUUUUUCAACUCUUCCUGUAUCUGAAUUUUCCCAAAGCCUCUGACAGUAUCAGAGAGUUGGGUUCCAUGGGUUACAUUUCUGGGCCCCCUAUCUGUGUCAUUCAGGGGUUCAAGCUAACUAAGCUUGCUGGGUGGCAAGCUCAUGGGUUCAGGGAAGAACACCACCCAAUAUUGGGUCUUUGUUGACUUCAAACAAAGUAAAUUCAGACGGGUAGCUUUGCUCCAAAUUCUGUUUCCUGAUGGGGAUGAUUUAAGUUUAAAAAAUUGUCGUCCCCCACCCCCCGUAGACCCUCCCAACUGCCACAAGCUGUUAAAAUGAAACAUUGAGAAUCUCGGAGUUGGAUAUCCCACAUCAUCCUGGAGGAUCUUAACUCAGCUUCAGGUGGAUUUUCUCCCUCCACGUUGGGUGAUGAAGCAGUGCCAAGAAAUGAGCGAGGUUCAGUGUAGGAGAGUGGGGAGUACAGCCAGCAUGUACAACUACCAUGGUAUCCAUUCAGCACAAGACUGUAAAGAGAAAGCAACUAUGUAAUGCGGUUAUUGGCUAAAUUAUUGACCCCACUGAUGCUUUUAAAAUUAAAUUGUAUUUGUAGGACCACAAGCUGUUGUAAGAAGAAAAUAAAGAUUGAGUUUUUAAACUC